CAGUUUGUCAUGCUUGGAUUCGUUUCCUCUGAUCUUGCAAAAGAGAAAUUAAUUAAAAAAAAAAAAAAAAAAACAGAACACAGAGUGUUCGUUACUUCGUCAUCUUCUUCUUUCUUCUUUUUCCUAGAGAGAGAAACGGACUGACUGAGGAAAAUACUUUAGAGAGAGAUCACCAUGGGCAAAAGGAGCAUGAAGCUCCUUAAGAUCCUUGUCCUUCUCUUUGCUUUGAACUCUCUCUCCCUAUGCCUCUACUUCUUAUCUCACUCAAAACCCUUCUUCUCCAGUCUCCACACCCAUAAUCCAAAUCAUCAUUCUUUGACUCUUAACGGCCUACCCUUGACUGAAAAUCAACAGCUUCUUCAAAACCAUCCACGGUUCUCCAAGCCAUGGCCUAUUCUUCCGUCUUACCUCCCAUGGUCGCAGACCCCAGACGUAGCAACUCGCUCCUGUGAGGCAUAUUUUGGAAAUGGGUUCACUCGCCGCGUCGAUCUGCUCCGGCAAGAGGCCACCGGUUCCGGAUGGUUUAGGUGCUUGUUCAGUGAGACUCUCAGAAGCUCUGUUUGCGAAGGGGGGGCGCUUAGGAUGGUGCCGGAGAAGGUGAAGAUGGCUACAGGAGGAGAGACGUUGGAGGAGGUUAUUGGACGGUCGGAGGAGGAUGAAUUGCCAGAAUUUGAAAUUGGGGCUUUUGAGCUCGAUGGGGGUCGAAGAUAUUCCGGCGAGAAAAAGGAGCUUGCGAGUGUUGAGGUUUUGGAGAAGUACGUGCCAGAAGGAGAGGUCUUGAGGCACACCAUGCGUAAUUUGAUUGAGUCUAUCAGGAUCGUUCCGGCUAAGGAGUUUGAAUGCAAUGAGUGGAUUGAGGAGCCAACACUUCUGCUUACACGCUUUGAGUAUGCUAAUCUUUUUCACACUGUCACCGAUUGGUAUAGUGCAUAUGUGUCCUCAAGGGUAACCGGCUUGCCAAAUCGACCACAUUUAGUGUUUGUUGAUGGACACUGCACGGCACCCUUGGAAGAAACAUGGACCGCAUUGUUCUCUAGCCUCAGAUAUGCCAAAAACUUUACUGGCGCUGUUUGUUUCCGUCAUGCUGUUCUUUCACCCUUGGGUUACGAAACUGCUCUAUUCAGGGGACUGAAUGAAGAAAUAGAUUGCCAUGGUACAUCAGCACAAGAUCUGUGGCAAAACCCGGAUAACAGUAAGACUGCUCGAUUAUCUGAGUUUGGAGAAAUGAUCAGAGCUGCUUUCCGGUUUCCAGUGAAUAGACAUCGUGCUGACGGAUCAGCUUCAGGUUAUAACAUCCUCUUUGUUCGACGGGAAGAUUAUUUAGCUCAUCCUCGCCAUGGUGGUAAAGUUGAGUCGAGGCUCAGUAACGAAGAAGAAGUGUUUGCUUCUUUAAGGAGCUGGAUUUCCACUCGUAGGGAUUGCAGAAUAAACCUUGUGAAUGGGUUGUUUGCUCACAUGUCCAUGAAGGAGCAAGUCCGGGCUAUUCAGGAUGCUCAUGUUAUUAUUGGUGCUCAUGGUGCUGGGCUUACACACAUAGUUUCUGCACUACCAAAAACAGUGGUUCUGGAGAUUAUUAGCAGCCAAUUUAGACGGCCACAUUUUCAGUUGAUUGCACAAUGGAAAGGGUUGAAAUAUCACGCCAUUAACCUUGAGGGAUCUUAUGCUAAUCCACAGGUUGUUAUGGAGAAGCUUAGCGACAUAAUGAGAAACCUUGGAUGCUGAUAAGAGUUCGUUGUGCACCUAUCAUUGAGCAUAGUUCUUAAACUCUUGAGAUGUCUCUUACCACAAAAUCGGUCAUUUCCAAGACUUGGAUUUUUGCUCUUGCUCGGAUGUUUGCUCGAUAGUGAUGGAAUUUGUUCUUGGAAACAUUAGCAACUCAAAUAGAGACCAAAGAGAGGCGGCCUAGUUUGUUGAUUGUAUGGGCAUUUGGCAAUUGGCAGAGAACUAGACCUAGAAUGGUAUGAUUCAUGAACUAGAGAUGAAUUGUUCAGAGAUUUGUGUGUUCUAUCUAAUUGUCAAAUGCCCACAAACGAUUGUUCAGUUAUAAAAGUAUAGGUUGAUGACAAUGACAUGAUAGGAAUGAUAUUCUUUGUUCUAAACACAAUAUUUUUGUGGACUAGUAGAUAAUGAAACACUGAUUAAUCAUUAAUGAUUUUCUUAUUU